CUUUUCUCCCGAGCAGCUCCUACCCUUUCCCCCCCCUCCUUGCAAGCUUCGAGGAAGAGGCCUCAACCUCUUCCAUUUCUCUCUUUAGUCGUGGGAACCCCAUUAUUUGGAUUUUUCUUUUUCCCGGAACUCUUUGAGUGCUAACCCCUCCCCCUCCCCCCGGUCUCCAUUGGCCUGGUUCUGUCUUCUCUUAGGGCGCAUGUGGCUGGCACUCAGUAAAUGUUAGUCCUUCUUUUCUGCCUUGCGGCCAGAGGAGGCAUAGUCCAAAUUUAUCUGCUCCGGGAGCAUUUGUGCGCCCACUUUUAUUUCAGUCUCUUGGGUUGGAGGUGAGGCCGACUUGCAUUCCAGUGGUAAUCGGCGUGUGUUCUGCUUGUAGGAGGCAAUUUUCUUUGCCUCCUUUAGCACCUCAGCAACUUUUUAUCAGCUUUUCUCAUUGCCUCUCUAAAUCUUAGGGGUGGAGCAUGGCGGCAGAAGCUGGCGAGUAGCGCUGGUGCCCAGAAGUUCGAAGCCAUCAGGGGUACUAGGGGGUUUACGGGGAGGUUGUUAAUUGGAUUGAAGGAGAAGCCAGAGUGUGGUAGAGCCUGGCGGGCGAGAGCCAAUGAAGCUUCUGGUGGCAGCAUAACAGAUGGAUCCUGCAGCCAGCUUGCCUGGGUUCAAAUUUUGGCUCUGUUAGCUUUUGAUUUUAGGUCAAGGGGCUUCGCUUCCAGGUGCCUCGGUUUCCUUAUCUGCAAAAUAGCGAAUUGUAUCCUGACUUUGUAAAUUGGAGAAGACCGUGACACUGCCAGUGUUCUUUUGCGGGUAGUGUCUGUUUGGGAUCCCGUGCAAGUUGAAUCAUUGUUCAAAUAAGGUGUAAUUGAAAAGUGACCUCUUCAGAGAUGUCAAAAACAAACAAAUCCAAGUCUGGAUCUCGCUCUUCUCGCUCAAGAUCUGCAUCAAGAUCUCGUUCUCGUUCAUUUUCGAAGUCUCGGUCCCGAAGUCGAUCUGUCUCUCGUUCAAGGAAGCGCAGGCUGAGUUCUAGGUCUCGUUCCAGAUCGUAUUCUCCAGCUCAUAACAGAGAGAGAAAUCACCCAAGAGUAUAUCAGAAUCGGGAUUUCCGAGGUCACAACAGAGGCUAUAGAAGGCCCUAUUAUUUCCGUGGGCGCAACAGAGGCUUUUAUCCGUGGGGCCAGUAUAACCGAGGUGGCUAUGGAAACUACCGCUCCAACUGGCAGAAUUACCGGCAGGCAUACAGUCCUCGUCGGGGCCGCUCCCGAUCCCGGUCCCCAAAGAGAAGGUCCCCUUCACCGAGAUCCAGGAGCCAUUCUAGAAACUCCGAUAAGUCUUCCUCUGACAGGUCAAGGCGCUCCUCAUCCUCUCGUUCUUCCUCCAACCACAGCCGAGUGGAAUCUAAGCGCAAGUCUGCAAAGGAGAAAAAGUCCUCUUCCAAGGAUAGCCGGCCAUCUCAGGCUGCCGGGGAUAACCAAGGAGACGAGGCCAAGGAGCAGACGUUCUCUGGAGGCACCUCUCAAGAUACAAAAGCAUCUGACAGCUCGAAACCAUGGCCAGAUGCCACCACAUAUAGUGCUGGUUCUGCAUCACGGGCCUCUGCAGUUUCUGAGUUGAGCCCCCGGGAGCGAAGCCCAGCUCUCAAAAGCCCACUCCAGUCUGUGGUGGUGAGGCGGCGCUCACCCCGUCCUAGCCCUGUGCCAAAACCUAGCCCUCCACUUUCCAGCACAUCCCAGAUGGGCUCAACUCUGCCGAGUGGUGCUGGGUACCAGGCUGGGACACACCAAGGUCCAUUCGAUCAUGGCUCUGGGUCCUUGAGUCCAUCCAAAAAGAGCCCUGUGGGUAAGAGUCCACCGGCCACUGGCUCCACGUAUAGCUCAUCUCAGAAGGAGGAGGCUGCUACCCCAGGAGGAGCAGCCUAUACAAAGAGGUACCUAGAUGAGCAGAAGACAGAGAAUGGAAAAGAUAAGGAACAGAAACAAACAAAUACCGAUAAAGAGAAAAUGAAAGAGAAAGGGAGCUUCUCUGACACAGGCUUGGGUGAUGCAAAAAUGAAAUCUGAUCCGUUUGCUCCCAAAACUGAUACCGAGAAGUCUUUUCGGGGUAGCCAGUCUCCCAAAAGGUAUAAGCUUCGAGAUGACUUUGAGAAGAAGAUGGCUGACUUCCAUAAGGAGGACAUGGAUGAUCAAGAUAAGGACAAAGCUAAGGGAAGGAAGGAAUCGGAGUUUGAUGAUGAACCCAAAUUUAUGUCAAAAGCCCUAGCAGGUGCAAACAAAAACCAGGAGGAGGAGAAGUCAGGCAAAUGGGAGGGCCUGGUUUAUGCACCUCCAGGGAAGGAAAAGCAGAGGAAAACAGAGGAGCUGGAGGAGGAAUCUUUCUCAGAGAGAUCCAAGAAGGAGGAUCGGGGAGGGUCCAAGAGAACCGAAAGUGGGCACAGGGGGUUUGUGCCUGAAAAGAAUUUCCGAGUGACCGCUUACAAAGCAGUCCAAGAGAAAAGCUCAUCACCUCCCCCGAGGAAGACCUCGGAGAGCCGAGAGAAGCUAGGAGCCAAAGGAGACUUUUCCACAGGGAAGUCUUCCUUUUCCAUUACCCGAGAGGCCCAGGUCAAUGUCCGGAUGGACUCUUUUGAUGAGGACCUUGCAAGACCCAGUGGCUUAUUGGCUCAGGAACGCAAGCUUUGUCGGGAUCUAGUCCAUAGCAACAAAAAGGAACAGGAAUUCCGUUCCAUUUUCCAGCACAUACAGUCAGCUCAGUCUCAGCGGAGCCCCUCUGAACUGUUUGCCCAGCAUAUAGUGACCAUUGUUCACCAUGUGAAAGAGCAUCACUUUGGGUCCUCAGGAAUGACAUUGCAUGAGCGCUUUACUAAAUACCUAAAGAGAGGAACUGAGCAGGAGGCAGCUAAAAACAAGAAAAGCCCAGAGAUACACAGGAGGAUAGACAUUUCUCCCAGUACAUUCAGAAAACAUGGUUUGGCUCAUGAUGAAAUGAAAAGUCCACGGGAACCUGGCUACAAGGCUGAGGGAAAAUACAAAGAUGAUCCUGUUGAUCUCCGCCUUGAUAUUGAACGUCGUAAAAAACAUAAGGAGAGAGAUCUUAAACGAGGUAAAUCAAGAGAAUCAGUGGAUUCCAGAGACUCAAGCCACUCGAGGGAAAGAUCAGCUGAGAAAACAGAGAAAACUCAUAAAGGAUCAAAGAAGCAGAAGAAGCACCGGAGAGCACGAGAUCGGUCCAGGUCCUCCUCCUCUUCCUCCCAGUCAUCCCACUCCUAUAAAGCGGAAGAGUACACUGAAGAGACGGAGGAGAGGGAAGAGAGCACCACGGGCUUUGACAAGUCAAGACUAGGGACCAAAGACUUCGUGGGUCCAAGUGAAAGAGGCGGCAGAGCUCGAGGGACCUUCCAAUUUCGAGCCAGAGGGAGAGGCUGGGGCAGAGGCUCCUACUCUGGUAACAACAACAACAACAGCAACAAUGAUUUUCAAAAGAGAAACCGGGAGGAGGAGUGGGACCCCGAGUACACGCCCAAAAGCAAGAAGUAUUACCUGCAUGAUGACCGUGAAGGUGAAGGCAGUGAGAAGUGGGUGAGCCGGGGCCGGGGCCGAGGAGCCUUCCCCCGGGGUCGAGGCCGGUUCAUGUUCCGGAAGUCCAGCACCAGCCCCAAAUGGGCCCACGACAAGUUUAGUGGGGAGGAAGGGGAAAUUGAAGACGACGAGAGUGGGACAGAGAACCGAGAAGAGAAGGACAAUUUACAGCCCACAACUGAGUAGGGGCCACUCUGAUGGGAGUCCCUGCCCAGGGGAGAGAGGGCGCUGGGAAGAUGGCUGGUGAGGAGCAAAACAGAGGAGCCUCAAGAUUGCAAAAAUCCCACCCCUGCCCCCCACCAGCCAGCCGCACAGAAUCCUACUACAGCCGAAAGCAUCCCUGGCGCUGCGUCCCACUGGACAGAGGCGGCCGGCCGAGGAGCCUGGGGUCAGGCCCAGCUCUUGAGCAGAACACAACACAUUGGGCUUUAGCUGUGUUUCUCAUUUGUUGUUGGUGUGUGGGGUGGGGGCUGGGGUAGGGAGGGGAGAGCGAUACUUGGAUUUUGCUUUGUUCCCUAUUAGAAACCAACAGUUUUGUUCUUACUUUCAUUUGGAGCUAAGAGGACUAAUUUGAUGAUUUUCAAUCUCUUCUCCCUUAUCCUGAUUUUAAAAGCCCUUCUUUCUUUUCUUUUUUUUUUUUUAGGCAUAUGUAGUAAUAAUAGCAGAAAGAUUUAAUUUGGGCAACUUUGAUUCUUCAAAGAGAAAACAAAGCAUGUGAAUAAACAUUGAAGUGUUCACCUCAGUUUGGGACCAAACUGCUUGGAUCUUUGUAAAAAUCGGUUUUGUAUGUCGAGGAGGAGUUCAAGGCCUUUCUGACCACCUUGUGUUCCCCUUUUCUGCACAGCCAUGUAUCCCGUGGCUGCUGACCACACCCCACAUGCCCCCCCACCCCAAUAUUUUCUGAUUUCUUCUGGGCUGGGCAUCCCAUUCUCCACCAGCAGCUCCAGUAUCCCAAACUUUGUAGUCCUGCUGAUCCUCUCAGCAACAGGGGUGGAAACUGGAUGGCAGUUUCUGGUCUGUUUUCUAAGAAACUUCUGAAUUCUAUUAUCUUUACAAAUAUAAGAUGAGAAAAUAAUUUUUUCAAUAUUUUUUAUUAAUCUUUUUAUAAAAUGAAAAGAAACUCCUAUGAUCGAUUAAGGAAGGUGGUUAUGGCUGGGUGGUUUGUGGGGGUUUGUUUUUUCUUUUCGUUUUUUUUUUUUUUUAACCUUAAGCUUUAAGUUGAAACAUUCUUGGAUGUUUGGGGGGAAAACAUCCUCUUAAAAUGGGUCCUUGUGCUUGCCUUCUGGGGAGGCGGUCCUGAGCAGGUGAAUCAUAUGGCAUUUAUGCAUAUGUUAUAUGCGGACUGCACCCACCUCUUCUCCCCCCCCUUCCCCAACCUUUGCCUCUUGGGUUGUUGUGCUUCUUUCCCCUUACUUUGCUACAUUUCUAUAGUUAAGUUGGUUUUACUUGAAUGAUUCAUGUUUAGGGGGAAAAAAAUGGAAACACCCUUAAAAUUUGUUUCAACUCCUCCUGCAAAUAAAUAAAUAAAUGAAGAAGGCAGAUGUAAA